CCGUAACUUCCUGUUUAGACAAGCGAAAGAGGAAGUAUGGCGACAACAGAGCGACUCGGGCCCUCUCGGACCCGAAGAAAUAGUAAUAAAAACAUACUUACAAGGAUCAGACAUGGACAAAUUAGUGGCGGGGGACUUAGUCGAGGCACAGAGAUGUCUGAGGCCCUACUUCAAGAGAGGGACCAUCAGGCCAAGUGGCAUGGGAUUCCAGUGAUGCUGCAGAGACUGUAUGACAGCAGUCACCUCAACAGUGACCUCUCCCAGAUCCACUCCAUUAUCAAGGAAGUGGCAUCUUUUCUCUCCAUGGAGGCAAUGUCUUUUGUGACAGAGGAGAGGAGAACAGCACAGGAGUCCACCUCUCCCAACACAUACACCUUUGACCUCUUUGGCGGCGUUGACUUACUAGUGGAGAUUCUGAUGAGACCCACCCUGACCACGCAGACCAAUUUCCCGAAAAUGAGUGAUGACCUCGUCAAGGAUUGUUUAAGUGUUCUGUACAAUUGUUGUAUAUGUAUGGAAGGAGUCACUAAAAGUCUGGCAUCACGAGAUGACUUUGUCAUGUUUUUGUUUACGCUCAUGUCAAACAAGAAGACAUUUUUGCAAACUGCCACAUUGAUUGAGGACAUUCUUGGGGUCAGGAAGGAGAUGAUCCAGCUGGAGGGCAUCCCCAACCUGCCCAGUCUGGUCCAGAGCUUCAACCAGCAGCAGCUGGCCAACUUCUGCCGCAUCCUGUCAGUCACCAUCACUGAGCCGGACCUGGGCAACGAUGACAAGCACACACUGCUGGCUAAAAACGCCCAGCAGAAGACCAACCUCUGCCCUUCCCACUCUGAAGUCAACCAGGUGGCCCUGCUGAACAUCCCGGGCUUCAUUGAGCGGCUGUGUAAGCUGGCUACCAGGAAGGUGUCUGAGGCCUCGGGGGCAUCCAGCCUGCUGCUGGAGCUUCAGGACUGGUACACCUUGCUGGACAACGCCCUGGUGCUGGACACUCUUAUGCAGAUGGCCACAGAGGACGCCGAGCAGAGCAGCACAGAGUCGCCAGACGAGAGCUCUCUGGUCACCAGUCCUCUCAGGCACAGUCUGCCCCAGUCCAUGAAGAUCGUCCAUGAGAUCAUGUACAAGGUGGAGGUUCUCUAUGUGCUCUGUGUGCUCCUCAUAGGCCGCCAGAGGAACCAGGUUCACAGAAUGCUUGCAGAGUUCAAACUGAUUCCAGGUCUCAACAACCUGUUUGACAAGCUGAUCUGGAGAAAGCAGACGUCCACCCACGUCCUCCACGGCCAGAACCAGAACUGUGACUGCAGCCCGGAGAUCUCCUUUAAAAUCCAUUUUCUACGACUACUCCAGAGCUUCAGCGACCAUCAUGAGAACAAGUAUCUCCUCUUGAACGCUCAGGAGCUGAAUGAGCUCAGUGCCAUCUCUCUGAAGGCCAACAUCCCUGAGGUGGAGGCUCUCGUCAACACGGACAGAAAUCUAAUCUGUGAUGGUAAAAAGGGCCUCCUGACACGGCUACUUUCAGUCAUGAAGAAAGAACCGGCCGAAUCCUCAUUCAGGUUCUGGCAGGCGAGGGCGGUGGAGAGCUUCCUGAGAGGAUCCACCUCCUACGCUGACCAGGUGUUCUUGCUCAAGAGAGGCCUGUUGGAGCACAUCCUGUUCUGCAUCAUAGACAGCGGCUGUAAGUCCAGGGAUGUGCUGCAGAGUUACUUUGACCUGCUGGGGGAACUCAUGAAGUUCAACAUCGACUCCUUCAAGAGGUUCAACAAAUACGUCAACACAGAGGAGAAGUUCCAGACGUUCAUGACCCAGAUCAACAGCUCUCUGGUGGACUCCAACAUGCUGGUGCGUUGUAUCAUCCUGUCCCUGGACCGCUUCGAGAGCCAGACUGACGAUGUGAGAGUUGUGGAGGUGCUGUCAGAGUGCAGUCUGUUGUCCUACAUGGUCCGCGUGGAGAACAGACUAACCAUCCUCUUCAGGCUCGUCAACAUCAUCAACGUGCAGACGCUCACACAGGAGAAUGUGAGCUGUCUGAACACCAGCCUGGUGGUAUUGAUGCUGGCCAGGAGACAGAGUAAGCUGUCCCUCUACCUCAACGCCCUGAGAGAGAAGGAGUACACAGAGAAAUACCCCGGCUGCCUGCUCAACAACUUCCACAACCUGCUGUGCUUUUGGCAGCGCCACUACCUCAACAAGGACAAGGACAGCACCUGUCUGGAGAACAGUUCCUGUAUCCUCUUCACCUAUUGGAAGGAGACCGUGUCGGUUCUGUUGGACUCAGACCGGACUUCACUAUGUGCCAUAGCCAGCUACAUCGACGAGGCCUACAUGGAUCUGGGAAGAGACUUUCUGGAAGUUUAGUCCCUGGGAAGCCGUCUCUGGAAAAGGGAAAAGAUGGGUGGAUGGAAAGAAGAGAGAGAAAAGAGGAGAGGCAAUGUCUCAAUCACCUGAAGACUGAACAGAUCUGAGCGCUCACUUCUUCACAUAGCUGUUAUUCAGGGAUCCAUCGGUGUACAGAAUGACUGUGUGCACAGUUUUGGGCAUGUGUAUGUAUUUUUGCAUGUGUGUGGAUAUGCUUUAGUGGGUGUGUGUGGAUAUGCUUUAGUGGGUGUGUGAGUAUUGGCUGUAGGAGUGGAUGCGUAUGCUUGUGUCGUGUGUGUGGAUAUGCUUUAGUGGGUGUGUGAGUAUUGGCUGUAGGAGUGGAUGCGUAUGCUUGUGUCGUGUGUGUUUAGCAGUGGAGGCUGGGGAGAGGAAUUAUAGGAGGACGAGCUCAUUGUAGUGGCUGGAAUGGAAUAAAUGGGUUGGGUUAAACGUGGUUUCUGUAUGUUUGUGUUUGAUACUGGUCCAUUUAUUCCAUUCCAGACAUUACAAUGAGCCUGUCCUCCUAUAGCUCCUCCCACCAGCCUCAUCUGGUGCAUAGCUGUGUUGGGGUGUGUCACAUGCUGGAGUUUCCAUUCUGUUUUAUCUGUGGGGGAAAACAGUCAGCCGAUCAGCAGCCUUUCACUAACGGAAGGGAGAUUUCUCGUACCCGGUUGUCACUAGUUACCACAGCCACAAAGUCAUAACCCCCUGCCUAUUUCUCUAAUUUCUAUUCUUAAAAUGGAAUUUCAAACCUAACUUUAACCACACUGCUAACCUUAUGUCUAAUCUUAAAUUAGGACUAAAAUGCUAAUUUUUGUUUAUAUUAAUUAUUACGUUAUAGCCCAUGUAGUCUUUGUGGCUGUGGUAACUAGUGGAAACCUUCCUACCCUCUGGCAAAAAAACGACGGUCCAACUUCAUAUUGAGUGUUACCAAAACCCUGCAUUUACAUGGUAAUUACACUGGUGGAUAUAGUGGGUACACAUACACGGUUAGUACUUACAACUGGUAUACCUGUUUUGGUGCUAGUGUAAUAGUCAAACACGAAGGAGAGGUUUUAACACAAUCCAUUUUGAAUUUGUUUGCAGAUAUAAAGCAUGUUAAAUCCAUUUUGUUGUGCAGUCAACAGUCAAGUACACCAACAGGGAAAAGAACAUUACUCUAUCUAACGGUAUCUCAUUACCAUGUCAAAAUGUUUUAGCGACAUUUAAUACAAGUGGGACCAAAACAUUGAUAUUUAAGGGACAAGCAAUUGUUUUAUUUUGGUGGUCUAAAAAGGGACUCUAUAUUUAAAGAACUGAUCCAUGUAAAUUAUAAAGUAUUUAGGCGAAGGACAAGGUCGAUACAAGGCUCUGGAACAUGGGACUCGCCAGAAGCAUGAAUGUCUUGUGUCCGACAACACAGAGGAAACCUGACUGGCCAUCCUAAAAUACUGUUAGGAAAGAUGCUUAACUUAUGGCACGAGGAUACGAGACUCCCUGUUUCAGAAUGUGUAUCUGUAUGUGACACUGGGCUGAUGUCUGAGCUCUUCUCAGAAAGUGAGUGAGAGUAUGUGUGUGUUCAUCUAAUACACAGGUAAGUUAUCUGUAACUUCACUUUGUAAAGCGAAUGAGAUAAAUAAUAGAAUACCA